CAAAAAAGAAAACAAGUAACAACAUUAGUCAUUGACGAAAAAGAAAAACAAUCAAUUCAAUUUUGUUGUGAAUUUCAAAGAUAAUUAUUUCGAUUUGUGAGAAAUCUUCGUAAAACCAUGGCACAAAAUGAUGCUAGUCCAUCCAAAGAAGAAGAAUCGUUAAAAACCCUGUUCGAUCAAGCUAUGCAGAUGUUCGAUAAGAUUGAAAACGGCAGCGAAGCAACCAACAGCGAUGCGGUGCAGAUGUCCAUAAAAGCAACAAUAGCAAAGUUUGAGAAAUUGACCAAUCUAGUCUCCCUAUCCGGCAUGUUCAGUAAGAAUGAGGACCUGGAGGAGUUGCCCACAGAAACCCUGCAAUAUCUCCUCCUGCCAGCCUUACUGGGCACCCUUAGCCUGAAGCUGUGUGGGCAGCCACGGAAAGAUGUUAUACAUGUUGCUGAGAUAUAUUUUAAGGAUUUCCUACAGAGGUGCAAGGACUACGGUGUGACGGAUGUGGAGGUGCCGCAGCCCAGCAGCACUGACAGCGUGGCCCGCCAGCAGACUGAGCAAGCUAAGAUUGCUAACAUGGUCCUCUCAAGACAAGCCAAAAUCAAAAGGUACAAGGAGAUGAAAGAGCUAAAGGAGAAGUUAUCCACACUAUCCAAAGCCAUGGCAUCCCCCACAGUUGAUGACGACACCAAGAGGCAGUAUUUCGUCACUCUACUGCUCAACUAUGUGAACCAGGCCUUAGAUGAGCUGAGCAGCAUAGAGCAGGAGAAGCCUAUUCUGGAGUACAUGGCCAAAACUGCUGGAGAACACAAACCAGAGAAGCGCGAGCGCGCGCCUCCAUUGAAGCCGGUAAUCAUUACCCGCGACGCGGUACAGAAGGCCGUGUUCGGCGCGGGCUACCCCUCCCUGCCAACUAUGACCGUCGAGGAGUUCUACGACAAGCGAGUGCGGGACGGCACGUUUCCUGCUAGCAGCAACAUACCACACGCGACCAUACAAAGUGCAGACGCAGACCCUGACGAAAUCGAACAAAUCAGAAAGGAGCGUGUCGUGGAAGACGACGACCCGGAGGAGCUGGCGCGACAGCGGGCCAUGGACGAGUACAAGGACGACCACCGCCGCGGCUGGGGCAACCGAUACAACAGGAGCUAGCUUGUAUAACAUUACAUAACAGUAUCUUGCGCCAUUUGUAAUAUAACAUAAAUUAUACAACACAAUUAUACAUGUUUCGUUAU